AUAAACAGAAACUUCUCGUUCGCGAAAAAAAGUUUCAAGCUGGCAUUUCGCAAGAAGCCAAAACUAGAUCACGAUGACGCUGCUGCGGCUGGUCAUGAUGGCGACUCGACGAAAUCGCUCGAUCAGACGAAAUCGGUCGAACAAGGAACAACCGAUGAUGGUCAAGGGGAGCGAGAGCAGUUGAAAGAAUCGAGCGUUGUGGAUCGACGAAGUCAAGAUGAAGAAGACGAUGAAACGAGGAAAAAACACGAUGAAGCGUUGAAAGAAACUAAAGAGUUCGAUGAUGAUGAUGAUGGUGAUGAGAAAAAGUCAUGCGGAGAGCUCGGAGUCAUGACGACGACGACUGCUGCUGCUGCAGUGAAACGGAAUAACGGUCACUUGGCUGCAUCUGGAUCUGGCCCUGGGUCAGCACGUGCUCGGUCGUCAGCAAGUUGUCUACCAGCAACAGUUGCAAGCAGCAACGCAGUGCUACCACCAUCAAGCGCACGACGACGUUGGAUGCUUCUAUCGAGUAAGGUUGUGUCGAAGGUGCGCAACGAGGCAAUGCAAUCGCUAUCACAACAGCAUUCGUUCGAUUCGGAUUACGAUAACGAUUACUAUUUGUACGGUAGUGAUGGCUUCAAAUCGUUCGGUUUCUUCGCUCUAUCGGCUUUUGGUGAGCGAUCCGCAGAAGGUACGAGCACAUGGUAUCGCCUGAUCUCGUCCACUAAACCGGACAUUAAUUUGGAUUUACACUUUUUGGACGCUUUCAAAAUGACAUCGAUAAAAGAUUUGGUUGGUUUCGAUAAUACGGGUAAUGUGCGAUUAUGGCCCUCGGAGGAGUGCCUGGCUGAGUAUUUGUUACAAAACGAGGCGAUUUGUAAGGGGAAGCGAGUGCUGGAGUUAGGUGCAGGCAUGACAGGUUUAGCGGGCCUGGUGGCCGGAUGGAUGGGCGCAAGUCUAGUGUAUCUGACAGACGGCAACGAGAAGUCGGUGCAGAAUUUGAAGUUGAUCAUUGAGCACAACUCGUUGGGAUUCAUGUGUAAGAGUGCGUUGUUGGAAUGGAGUGGAGAGCGUUUAGAGGUGGACGAGAAGUUCGAUGUGAUAUUGUGUGCAGACUGUAUCUUUUUUACGAACACACAUCAAGCACUUCUGGGAUGCAUACACGCACAUCUGAAGGAGGAGAGUGCUAUUGCUAGGGGCACACACGAUAGCGCUCAUGGCGGUAUUGCCUACAUUAUGGCCCCAUCACGUCGCGGUACUGCCCAACAAUUUCUGUGUCAGAUUUAUCAAGAACGCAAUCGAUGGAAAAAUGUCCAGGUGGUUUUCGAGUUUCAACGAGCCAUUCAACGCCGUAUCAAGCUGUUUGAAAAUGAAUUAUUCUAUAAUGCGGAUAUUCAUAGACCAAUUUUGUUUAUUUUAGAGAAUAAUGGUUAUCAAAAGGAAUCAUAUUGUAAAUNAUCUGGUAUUUCUAUUACAUUCUUUCCAACACAGACGAAGGAUACCAAAGAAGCCGCAGUUGCUUCGCGUUUACUGAUGGCCAUUCAUUUUGCGUGUAUGAAGCUAGGAGAUGAGGUGUUGAGUGAGGUGAACGAGGAUCGUGCUGAGAUGAGCCGAGACACUGAAGGACUGCAGUUCGACGGGUGUGUGCUUGCACAGCUGGCGUGCUUAGUGUUGGAUACGUUGUGUGACACUUGGCCUGAGGAGUUGUUGCGAUUUGCGAAGCAUGGCAAAAGAUCGAUCGUUAAUGUGAGCGAUUUGUUGAUGUUGGUGAGGAGAAAUGACGAUUUGGUGAAGUUCGUGAAUGACGCGUCAAAGACGUUAAAGUCGACAUCAGUUAGACGUCAGAAGUCGUCAACAAAAUCAUCUCGCUCAGACUUUCAGGAUAGUGAGGAUUCAACAAGUGCCGUCAUCAGACGAACCAAAUCGAAUGUGACGGCGAAUCGGAAGCACAGCAGAGCGGCAUCGAAAACCACAAAACAAACUUCCAUCACCGAUAUGAAUACGAUCAAGAUAACCAACUUUUUCGAUGACGAUUUUGAAUCUACGAAGCAGCAUCCGUCCACGUCGAACACACAAGAUGCUGUGAAAUCAGUUCAUGGCGAUGGCAAUGGUGAUACGCAUGAAGUUUUUUUGAUGAAUGAUGCAGCAGCGAGUGCGAUUGCAUCAGAACAAAAUGCAGGUGCUGAAGGCACGCCACUUCCUUGCCAGAACAAUUUCAUCAUUGGCUCGAAAAAACAAAGCGAAACAAAGAAAGAUUGGGAACUGAAGGAAAGCGAGUGCAAAAAUAAAGUGACCAGUGGAGGGAAAUUCGGCAAAUGUGAUACGGAAAUUUGCGAUCGAAUAUUGGAAAUGGAGUACGAUCGCACCGUUAUGUUACCGAGUACAUCGAAGGGUGCCACUGGUGAAAUUGUGGAUAAUAUGAAAGAGAAGUAUAGGACUGAUGAUCAGGUUCCAAAGCUUCCACAAGGACAACAGCAAGAACGAGGUGAACAACAGUCACAAGGUAUAGAGGUGAUAUUCGAGAGGAAUCGCAUUGAGGAGAUCCCUUUGGAAGCGAACAUUACGACGAAUAAUUUGAAUCCGUUUGUUGCGAAGCCGAAACUGAAAACGACUUCAGAAGGCAGCAAAACUCCGGAAGACGUUAGCAAAGGUGCACUCAAUCAUGAAUGUAGUGAGGAUAUUCUGCAUUGGGGUGGUGGCAGUAGCAAUUCAAGAGACAUGUUCAACACACCGCACUCACCGUUAAUAUUAUGUCCUCCAUCAGAAUCAGUUGAAAAGUUAUGUGCAACAAGAAACACUCACGUGACAAACGCUACAACGGGAAAUUCUUCAACUUUGAAUCAGCCCGGACCGUGCAGGAAUUUAUCGCAGUCAUUCGGUGAACGACAAAACGAUUAUUUAAAAUUGCAAAGUAAACAGAAAAGUAAUUUAUCUGAAGAUAGCACAGAUUCGUUGUUUUGGGAUGCGGUUUGCGUUGAUGGUUCAGCGAGUACGCAAAAAGCAUUUAGCGCAAAAGUCGAGCAAAAGACCAAUCAAAAAGAUAUUGCUGAAUCUGAGACAAAUAAUCUGGAUGACUUUUUUGAAUGCGAUAUGGAUUUUGAAUUUGAUGAUGUUGUGAAUGAAAAGGUGUCGACGCAAAACGAGUUGAAUCAGCAUCCAAAUCGAACAUACCCGAAUAGUCUAAAUUCUGAGACUGCUAAAUUCGUUCAGACGACAGAUACUGCUGCAAAUAUUGACACGGUGAUUGUGAAAAGCGUCAGAAAUAUUCCACCAAUGGAAAAACCUGCAACAUCGCACUUUUCUGAUUUCAAUUUCGAAUCGGACGACGAUGACAUUUUCUUAGAGAGUGUUGCAAAAGAACAAGCACCAACGACAAAAAUUGACGACAGCAUCAAAAAAGGGAAUCAAGCCGUUUCGGACGGAUCUGUCGUCUUAACUGUAUCGCACACCAAUAAAAUGUAUACUGUCAUCUUAUUUAUCAACUGA